UUUUUAUAAACUUUUCACCUUUUUUUUCUCAAAUCUCACACACUUCACGUUCACACACACUAACCCCACUUGAGUUAACCUUUGUUCUUGUUCUUGUUUAUGAUAAUUAGUUUGUCUUUUUUGUUACACAAAAAAGAUCAGAAGAACAUUAUCAAGAUUGAUUCUUUGUAGAUACCAUCAUGUCAGCCAUGAAUGUUGCUGAUCCUGAUGAACCCCCACAGAAACUUGAGGGAAAAGGAAUUGCAAUUGUAGUAUGUUGGAUUCUUGGAUUGGGAUCUUUGGUGGCAUGGAAUAGUAUGUUAACAAUAGGAGACUACUACUAUGUAUUAUUUCCGGACUAUCAUCCAGCCAGGGUACUUACCCUUGUCUACCAACCAUUUGCCUUAGGGACAAUGGCGUUACUCGCGUAUAACGAAUCGAAAGUCGAUACUAGAAAACGCAACAUUGCGGGAUUCGUAUUGUACUUUUUAUCCACUCUAGCCCUCAUUGUGGUAGAUAUAGCCUCAUCCGGGAAAGGUGGAGUCGUAAAUUACACCUGCAUAUGCAUUUGUGUGGCGGGUUUUGGUAUAGCUGAUGCUCAUGUUCAAGGUGGAAUGGUUGGAGAUUUAGCCUUUAUGAAGCCCGAAUUCAUCCAAUCUUUCUUUGCUGGUUUAGCAGCAUCCGGUGCUCUAACCUCGGGCUUAAGGCUUAUUACAAAAGCCGUUUUUGACAAGACUUCGAAUGGUCUACGAAAAGGGACUAUGUUAUUCCUUGCAAUCGCUACGUUCUUUGAGUUUCUAUGCAUUUUCCUCUACGCAUUCGUGUUUGCUAAAUUACCGAUUGUGAAGUAUUAUCGCGCUAAAGCAGCACGAGAAGGGUCAAAAACCGUUGGAUCUGAUCUUGCUGCAGCAGGCAUCCAAACGGAUCCAAACCAAAGAGCUGGCAUUGAUGGUAAGGAUCCCGAGCGAUUGAGCAACAAACAACUGUUGAUCAAGAACAUCGAUUAUGCAUUGGAUUUGUUCUUUAUAUUUGUCCUUACUCUCUCCAUUUUCCCGGGAUUCUUGUAUGAAAAUACAGGAAAGCAUAGUUUGGGCUCAUGGUACCCCCUCGUUCUAGUCGCAAUGUAUAAUGUUUGGGAUUUCAUAUCAAGAUACAUUCCUCUAAUCGAAUCUAUAAAGCUUAAAUCGCGAAAGUGGCUAAUGAUUGUUAUAUUAUCGCGUGUCUUGUUCGUCCCCGCCUUCUAUUUCACUGCAAAAUAUGGUGAUCAGGGUUGGAUGAUAGUGCUUAUAUCUUUGCUCGGAUUAACAAAUGGUUAUCUCACUGUAUGCGUCAUGACCCUCGCUCCUAAAGGUUGCACGGGUCCAGAGGCAAACGCUUUAGGGAAUAUUUUGGUAGUGUUCCUUUUAGGAGGAAUUUUCUUGGGUGUCUGUCUAGAUUGGCUAUGGUUGAUCGGUAAUGGAAGCUUUUGAAUAGCAAAUUCUUGGUGAAAAAAAGGUUGUCCCAUUUUAUUUAUGUGAAGUUUUCUUAAAACAAUCUAAUCCUAUUUUAAUUUAACAUCAUUGACCAUUACGGAACUA